AGCCGCCAAUGCCUUGGUUCUCUGCCCGCGCCCGCCGCCCGCCGCGUAACCCGACGAUCUGAGAUGGCCUAGGUCGCCGACGACUCGACAUCUCUGUGCGGCGGGUGUGGACCCGUAGACGCGCCGAGCUACCGGCGACGACCACGGGCUGUCUCUACCGGCGACGCCCGUGACGCGGCGAGGACGUCGACCUCCUCUACGCAGCAGAGCUCUCCUCCGCCCUUGUGUCGCCUCACGCCGUUCGUCGAACUCGUGGUAAAGUCUUGAAACAGAAAGAUGAGGUACACGGCACGGGAGAUGGAGUUCAUGGGCGGAUCUACAAAAGUUUUGGUCUGCAACGACAGGGCGGCUUCUGCCCUAACUUCUCUUUCGAAUUGGUUGGUUUUGAACAAUGAAGCCAAUUUUGAUUCCCGUGAACCCAAGUUUACAGUGGCCCAAUUCAUGGAAAGGCUUAUUUCGGGAAAAAUUUUGAACUGGCAUAAGAACAAUGUACUGCCAACGCAUGAGAAUCAGCGAAUCGUUGUAGAGUACUUUGAUAUCACUAAGAGACUUUGCACGGGCAUUAAGGUUAACCCUGUGGCUGGCACUGCCAAAUUUGAGGAUUCAAGAGAAUAUGAUUUAUUUCGCAUUUUGGGAGUUCCACUACUCCAUGCACCUGCAUUCAAUGAGCAGGUUUUUCCCUCUUUACAAGAGCAACUUGAGCCUGGACAAAUUGGUAUUUUGUAUUUGAACGGGGAAUUCAAUACCAUUUGUAAGCACAAUGGUACUGUAUACAUGUUAGUAGAAGAUGAAGCCCUUCACAAGAAGAACCCUUCUGCUUCUUGGAAAACUAUGGUUGAUGAAAAAGAAAUAUUUGUAGCUGGUGACUUUUCAUACACCAGGGCACACAUCAACCAGAAAGUGUACAAGUGUUCGAAAUGUUUGGAGGAAUUCUGCACAGAAAUUAAUUAUGAAAGACAUCUUGAAGCUCAUGUGCCAACUUCCAAAGCUGCUCUGAAUCGUUCAUGGAACAAGGACGCGUUUGCGAAAUACUGGGAUCAGAUUUCGGAUGAAGAUGCUUAUAGCAUCCUGUCUGAUGGUGAUCAAACUGUAGAGAAAUCACAUGGAUUGCCUGUCGACCCAAUUUUCAAGAAAUGGAUACUAGGACCAGAAUUUCUUGUAACACCACCUGAGGUGAGGGAUGCUCUGAAACAGCUCAAACAACUGAAGCAUUUUAUGGAAAGGAAAAGGGAGAAGCCAUCGUCUGAUGUGCUUCUAGGUAUCUUAAAAGUCGGAAGUGAGGGCACUUUCUUCUCCACCAAUUUGCCCGAAGGAGGGUUUUCCUUUGUGGAGGCAGGCAAAAGUCAGAAUACAACGAGAACCAUGCUAACAUAUUUUAGCUUGAGAGUUGAAGAAGUGUUGGCUAAAAAGUGGUAUACUGAAAAGACGGUGCAAGCAAAUGUAGUGAUGAAAGAACUUUUGGCGGAAUGUACUGAUCCAAGUGAAGAAUAUUUCCCAAACUUCGUAUCAAGAAAAAGAUUGGUUAGGUUGUUCACACUUUUCAAUAAGGAUAUAGUCACAGCUUUGACACGAACUGGGAGGAAAAUUGCUAAACGUCUGCUGAACUACAUCUUGAAAGCUCAUAAGGCUGGCCACUGCUGGGAUGGGGAAUGGAAUAUACUUGACAUUCGGGUUCGUGGGGAUGGUGCAACAUUAAUCAUUGACAAGAUGCCAGUAAAUGCAACUAAAGAUGGAAUUGUUGCUGACCUUCAGAAGUUCAUAGUCCUCUUGCGCCCGUAUUACAAGAUUGAAGGCAUCAAGGGUCCAGCCUAUUUUGAUGAAUUUCAUUCUGAUGUGAUGUCUCUCCCUGAGCUUGAGUCUGAAAAAUUUGAGAUUUUCCAGAAGUUUCUUGCUGACCAUAUGGCUUUUCUGCCACCAGCGUCCACGUCAAAUUUGCUCGAAAGGCUCUUCAAAUUGUGUGACGAUAUCCGUAGACAGAAUGCAGAUUUUGAUUAUCGUCCCCUUCAGCGCUUAGAUUGCAUUGGGUGGACAAAAAUACGUGAUACCAUGCCAUAUAGCAAGGUGUUCCACUAUGACCAAAGUCUUUCACACCCAUACAACGAUAAUUACUGGGAUCUCCUCAGAUUUGUGAGGAAUUUCAUUAAUCGUGGCUUGAAGUACACACAGAUCGAUGGAGUUCAAUCAAUAGAAGAUCCUGUUAUACUAGAUAUUAUGGUUGCAUAUGACCUUGGCAAAUUUAUUACAAAGCUGGUUCUGCAUGUGUUAUAUGUGUUUGAAAAACCAAAAAGGCUUGUCAGCACUUGGAAUGCAUACAAAACAUCCGAUGAUGCAACUGAGGAAAUCGAUGAAGAUGGGACUGAGGAAAAUGAAGGAAUUUGAGGCAUCUGCAGUUGCUUCCUGCUCCCGGAGCUCCUGAGAUGGCCCCACCCCACCCCACCCGUCAAGCUUUUGAGAUGGAACUAACACCCACCCCACCCGUCAGGCUUUUGAGAUGGAACUAACACCCACCCCACCCGUCAAGGCAUCCCCGAGAAUUGUCCCUAUAAUUUUGCUGCGUGACUUCAAAUGUGAUUGAACACGCAAAGAGGCCAUUUUAGUUACUUCGGUCUUUUGAGGUGGAACUAAGAUCCCUGAGAAUCUUCAGUUACUUCUGUCUUUUGAGAUGGAAUGUUUUAGUCAAAAUUAGCUUUUGAAAAUUAUUCUAAACCUGAGGUUAUGAAUUUUGGAUGUCUUAAUGCCUCAUCUCUCAAGCGAUUGUUCGCUUUUGUUCACCGCUCAAUGAACAUCCUCAUGGUCAUAUGGAUAUGCUAACCUGGUCAGCCUUGCCUGUUUGUU